UUUUUAUAAAAAUACAGAAGAAACAAAAGUGUACACACCCCUUUAGCUAUUCUGACCUCUCGUCAGCUUCAGUACGAGAAAAAACACAAACCCUAGAUUUAUCUUCAGACCAUGUCUUCUUCUUCACCUCAAUCUCCAACCAUGUCCGAUUCCUCCUCCUCCCCGCUUCUCCGCUCCCGUCAAUCUCCCCGACGCCGCCAGCCCGUAAUCGCGGUUCUGUUAAACCGAGCUACGGGUCGGCGAGGAGCUUCGAUGGUCGUGAGAGAGACGGCCGCGCAGGAGCUCGAGGAGCGGAGAGCCGAUUGGGGCUACUCGAAGCCCGUCGUGGCUCUCGACAUGCUUUGGAACGCGGCCUUUGUGGUUGUCGCGGCUGUGAUGCUUUUGGUUUACAAGGAGGAGAAGCCCAACGUUCCGGUUAGGUUUUGGAUCUGCGGUUACGCGGCUCAGUGCCUUGUUCAUGUGGUGCUUGUGUGGUUGGAGUUUAGGAAGAGGAACGCUAGUAGGAGUGGUGAGGAUUUGGAAGCUGGGGAAGGUUCUGGUGGUGGAGUUAGGAAUGAUAGUGAUGAUGAAGAUGGUGAUGAGAGGAUCCUCAGCACUAAGACUUGUGAAUCGAUGAACACCAUUAUAUCAUUUGUCUGGUGGAUUGCUGGCUUCUACUGGCUUGUAUCUGGUGGUGAGAUCCUUCUAGAAAACGCAUCGCAUUUGUACUGGUUGACUUUUGUUUUCCUGUCAUUUGAUGUGUUCUUCGCCGUCUUCUGCGUUGUGGCUGCGUGUCUUAUCGGAAUCGCUCUCUGUUGCUGCCUCCCUUGUAUCAUUGCUCUUCUUUACGCCGUUGCCGGGCAGGAGGGUGCAUCGGAAGCAGAUCUCAGUAUCCUUCCCAAGUACAAGUUUCAGAUGAUGAGCAAUGGCGAAAAGCAAACAGAUGGUGGCGGGAAAAUGAUACCUAUCGAAGCAGGCACUGAGUAUUCGGGAAACGAACGUGUACUUGAGCCUGAAGAUGCUUGAUGGGUGUUUGUGUAGGACUGUUGUAUAUGUCUGAGUUCAUAUGAAGAUGGAACAGAGCUGGUGACACUUCCUUGUAACCACCACUUUCACUCGACGUGCAUCGAGAAGUGGCUGAAAAUGAAUGCGACAUGUCCACUGUGCAAGUUCAAUAUUCUCAAAGGUAAUGAGCAAGAAUGAAGAGUAGAAGAAGAAAGAGGAUUCUUCCCUUUUAAGUUUGCUUUGGCACUUGUUUUAUUUUAUGUUGUAUAUAGAGAGUAGUAGAGUAGAGCUUCGCGAAGUGAUUAUCAUGUGUAAGCCGUAAGAUAUAUACUUUGCGACUUUGGUGUCAUUCCUGUUUAUCAUAUAUCAAAUAAAGAGUUUAUAUA